GUUUAAAAUCAGCCUACAGUUAGCGGUGCCUGAAGGUUUGCAAUCAAGCCACUAGAUGGCGGUGCAGAUGCAGAGGUCCCCUUUUUAUAAGCCGUUAUAUUAGUGCAUUCCUUGGGUGGGGUUGGCACCCACAGUGCAGAUCAUGGAGGGCAGUGCUCUCCCACUCAGUUAUUCUCGUUCUAUUGUAUAAUUCCAGCUGUUUUCCACAUUGUCAGUUUGGCCCUAACAUCAUCUCCCAUUCCUUCUGUAACCUGCUAACCCUCUGCUCUCUUUUUGGAGAGAAUUAAGGUGAUCCCUCCUUUCCAUGCAGCCCCCACUCCCUGCGUCCCACACCCUGUUCCUGCCUCUUUUUCCAGCCCUCAUGUGAAAUGUCUGGGGAGGCUCUGUGUGUUGUAUCAUACUGAGAUCUGGACAGGAGAGAGUGGGAGAGCAGAGGGCAGGACAGGUAUAAAAGUCAAAGAGAGGGACAAGAUUUUUGGAAGUUUUUUUUUGUUUUUCUGUUUCUGUGGUUUGUCUUUACACCACGUCUAAACAUGUUCAGCUGGAUGGGUAAAAAUCAGAAGAAGGAGACCCCAGAAGUCAUCCACACGGUGACUGAAGGUCUGAAGGACCUUUACAAGAAAAAGCUGAAGCCAGUAGAGGACUUGUAUCGGUUCCAUGACUUCCAUUCUCCGGCACUUGAAGAUGCUGACUUUGAUAAUAAGCCCAUGGUGCUUGUGGUGGGUCAGUACUCCACUGGGAAGACCACCUUCAUCAAGUAUCUCCUGGAGCAGGACAUCCCUGGCAGCCGUAUUGGUCCAGAGCCCACCACCGAUUCCUUCAUUGCAGUUAUGCAUGGGGAGACAGAAGGGGUAAUCCCAGGCAAUGCUCUCAUGGUGGACCCCAAUAGACCAUUCCGCAAGCUCUCUCCUUUCGGCAACACUUUCCUCAACAGGUGAGUUGGGUUGUACGUGGUAGAUCUUCUUGACAGGUGCAGAAAAUAUCUCGGUUCAGGGUCCUAAAGAUAUCAAUCUAUUUCAGGAUCACUUCAAAAUUCACUCGGCCCUGUGAAUUAGGAGCUUGGUUACAUUUUCCCGGGGGACGAGUCCCACAUUUGAGAUGUGGGAGAAGUGGUGAAAAAAAAGUUCCCCUGUGUUUUCUGGGCUUAUUCUGUAACAGCAUGGAUUCCAGUCAUUGUCUGAUUUCAUUAGAUGUAGGGUCUGUCCCCCCAGACUAUACAAUACAGGACAUUGUGCACCCCCGAUGUAAACACAUGACCUUUCUUCCCCACCCUCCAAUACAGGAGCACCCCUCUCUCGCUGAAAAUUCCAAAAUUAUCAACCACUAAAGAUUUCAUGGUCUCAGGCACACUAUAAAUAUGGGUCUAGCCCCCACUGUACAAUACAGUACCUCAGAACACAGCACAAUAUGGGGUCUGACCUUUCGCAGGCUGUUUAAUACAGGGUCUAUCCUCCCCACACUGUAAAUGAAAGAACCUUACCCCCUCUGUGAAUAGACAAUCUAUACACACUGUACAGUACAGACCUCACUCCUAUCUCUAUACGUGUGUUGUAUAGGGUCUAGCACUAUCUGUACGGGACUAACCCUAACUAUACAACACUGGACAUCAUUCCCCCACACUGUACAAUACACAAUCAGAUCUCCCUCAUGUUGCACAAUACAGGGUCUGAUCUCCCCACAUUGUACAAUACAGAGUCUGAUCUCCCCACACUGUACAACACAGAGUCUGAUCUCCCCCACAUUGUACAAUACAGGGUCUGAUCUCCCCCAUACUGUACAAUACAGGGUCUGAUCUCCCCCACACUGUACAAUACAGUGUCUGAUCUCCCCACACUGUACAACACAGAGUCUGAUCUCCCCCCACACUGUACAACACAGAGUCUGAUCUCCCCCACAUUGUACAAUACAGGGUCUGAUCUCCCCCAUACUGUAACAUACAGGGUCUGAUCUCCCCACAUUGUACAAUACAGGGUCUGAUCUCCCCACACUGUACAAUACAGUGUCUGAUGUCCCCACACUGUACAAUACAGAAUCUGAUCUCCCCCAUACUGUACAAUACAGAGUCUGAUCUCCCCCCAACUGCACAAUACAGAGUCUGAUCUCCCCCACACUGUACAAUACAGAGUCUGAUCUCCUCACACUGUACAAUACAGAAUCUGAUUUCGUUCACACUGUACCAUAUAGGACCUAAACUCCACAAUACUGUUCAGUACAGCGUCUGAUAUCUUAAACUAUUUAAUAUGGAGUCUAACCUCCCCACACUGUACAAUACAGAACCUGAUGUCUACAAUGUGCAAUAAAGGUUUUAAACCUACAGACUGUAAGAUUGUUUGAGCAGGGUCCUCUUCAACCUAUCGUUCAUGUAAGUUUUCUUGUAAUUGUCCUAUUUAUUGUUAAAUCCCCCCUCUCAUAAUAUUGUAAAGCACUACGAAAUCUGUUGGCGCUAUAUAAAUGGCAAUAAUAAUAAUAAUAAUAAUAAUAAUAAUAAUCUCCCCUUCUCAGAAUAGUAACAUGCCCGUUGUUUGUUUAGUGCAGGUUUAUUCCCCACUUGUCUUGUGCACGUUUGGCCAGGGAGGUUGGCAUGCUGAUCCCUGGUGGUGUAGUAGGUGGAACAGGUGCCCUGGUAAACCGGUGGCAGUGCUCCGACACAUUCAGGGUGGUUGGAUCUCCUGGGAGGAAUACACAUUGAUAUCAAUAUUGGGGAGGUAGCAGUGGGCAUUAGCAGUUUGUAGUCCUGGCAUGGCUCUGGGUGCAGUGCCAGGCUGUAUUAGCAGUUGGUAGGUGCUGGCAUAGCUCUGGGUGCGGUACCAGGCUGUAUUAGCAGUUGGUAGGUCCUGGCAUGGCUCAAGGUGCAGUACCAGGCUGUAUUAGAUGAUAGUAGGUUUUGGCAUGACUCAGGGUCCAGUGCCAGGCUGUAUUAGCAGUUGGUAGGUGCUGGCAUAGCUCUGGGUGCGGUACCAGGCUGUAUUAGCAGUUGGUGGGUCCUGGCGUGGCUCUGGAUGCAGUGCCAGGAUGUAUUAGCAGUUGGUGGGUCCUGGCGUGGCUCUGGAUGCAGUGCCAGGAUGUAUUAGCAGUUGGUAGGUGCUGGCGUGGCUCUGGAUGCAGUGCCAGGCUGUAUUAGCAAUGAAUAGGUGCUGGCAUGGCUCAGUGUGCAGUGCUAGGCUGUAUUAGUAGUUGGUUGGCUCUGGCAUGGCUCAGGGUGCAGUGCCAGGCUGUAUUAGUAGUUGGUUGGCUCUGGCAUGGCCUAGGAUGCAGUGCCAGGUUAUAUUAGCAGUUGGUGGAUGCUGGCAUGGCUCGUGGUGCAGUGCUAGGCUGUAGUAGCAACUGGUAGACCCUGGCAAGGCUCGAGGUGCAGUGCCAGGCUGUAGUAGCAAUUGGUAGGUCCUGGCAUAGCUCAGGGUGCAGUGCCAGGAUGUAGUAGCAGUUGGUGGGUCCUGGCGUGGCUCUGGAUGCAGUGCCAGGCUGUAUUAGCAGUUGGUAAGUGCUGGCAGAGCUCUGGGUGCAGUGCCAGGCUGUAUUAGCAGUUGGUAGGUGCUGGCAUGGCUCGAGGUGUAGUGCCAGGCUGUAUUAGCAGUUGGUUGGCUCUGGCAUGGCUCAGGAUGCAGUGCCAGGCUGUAUUAGUAGUUGGCUGGCUCUGGCAUGGCUCAGGAUGCAGUGCCAGGUUAUAUUAGCAGUUGGUAGAUGCUGGCAUGGCUCGUGGCUGCAAUACCAGGCUGUAUUAUCAAUUGGUAGGUUGUGGCAUGGCUCAGGGUGUAGUGCCAGGAUGUAGUAGCAGUUGGUGGGUCCUGGCGUGGCUCUGGGCGCAGUUCCAGGCUGUAUUAGCAGUUGAUAGGUCCUGGCAUGGCUCUGGGCACAGUGCCAGGCUGUAUUAGCAGUUGGUGGGUCCUGGCAUGGCUCUGGAUGCAGUGCCAGACUGUAUUAGCAGUUGGUAGGACCUGGCAUGGCUCUGGGUGCAGUGCCAGGCAGUAUUAGCAGUUGGUGGGUCCUGGCAUGGCGUUGGGCGCAGUGCCAGACUGUAUUAGUAGAACAGUUGGUGGGUCCUGGCAUGGCUCUGGGCACAGUGCCAGGCUGUGUUAGCAGUUGGUGGGUCCUGGCAUGGCUCUGGAUGCAGUGCCAGACUGUAUUAGCAGUUGGUAGGCCCUGGCAUGGCUCUGGGUGCAGUGCCAGGCUGUAUUAGCAGUUGGUGGGUCCUGGCAUGGCUCUGGAUGCAGUGCCAGACUGUAUUAGCAGUUGGUAGGACCUGGCAUGGCUCUGGGUGCAGUGCCAGGCUCUAUUAGCAGUUGGUAGGUCCUGACAUGGCUCGGUAGGUAUGGUCAGUUGGUAGGUCCUGGCAGGGUUCAGCAGUGGGAAAUCAGGAGGCUCUAUAUUGGGGAGUUUCCUGGUAUCACAGGAUCCAGUGUUGUAUUACUAGACAGCCUCUGUUUAUGUUUGGUGGGGAGGACUUCCUGAAACACGCAUUGCCCUGACUAAUUUAUAAACAUGGAUGUACCCUACAUCCUCUGCUUGGGGAUGGAGACUCAUCAUAUCCAAGAUUCGGAUUUUAAAAGCAGAGUCUGGCUAACCCCAUGUAUUUAUAGUAUAUUAAAUCCAGGUUCUCUAUUGCUAUUACUCCACCCUGUGUCUCUCCCCAUUGUCUGUCUCCACUACCAAACUCCUUAACCUCCACUGUGUGCCUCUAUUACAACAGUAACUCCUGUUUCCUUUAUAGGUUUAUGUGCGCCCAUUUACCCAACAAAGUCCUGGAAAGCAUCAGCCUAAUAGACACCCCGGGCAUCCUAUCUGGCACCAAACAACGUGUGUGCAGAGGUGAGUUAGCUCCAUGAUGCCAAAAUGCCUUCUUCCUGUGUGUCUGAAAAACAUAUUAAAUAAAUAUAUAACGCCAUUAAACAUUUCCCCAGGUUAAACAUUAUAAGCAAAUUCUUACCGGGCUCUAUAAAGUACUGUCACUACCUCUAUAUGUCCUCCCACAAUCUGCUCUAUAGAACUAAACACAUUAUUCUACGUGGGAUCUUACCGGGGAUCUAUAAAGUACUAUCACUACCUCUCUAUGUCCUCCUGAUAUCUGCUCUAUAGAACUGAAUACAAUACUCUAGGUGAGAUCUUACCGGGGAUCUAUGAAGUACUAUCACUACCUCUCUAUGUCCUCCUGGUAUCUGCUCUAUAGAACUGAACACAAUACUCUAGGUGAGAUCUUACCAGGAUCUAUAAAGUACUAUCACUACCUCUCUAUGUCCUGGGAUCUGCUCUAUAGAACUGAAUACAAUACUCUAGGUGAGAUCUUACCGGGGAUCUAUGAAGUACUGUCACUACCUCUCUAUGUCCUCCUGGUAUCUGCUCUAUAGAACUGCACACAAUACUCUAGGUGAGAUCUUACCGAGAUCUAUAAAGUACUAUCACUACCUCUCUAUGUCCUGGGAUCUGCUCUAUAGAACUGAACACAAUACUCUAGGUGAGAUAUAUCUCUGUAUGUCCUACCAGGCUCUGCUCUAUAUUGUGCAAACAGUAUUCUAUAAAGGAAUGUUCUCCAUUAAUCAAAUAUAAGUUGUUGGUUUUUUUUAAUGUUUAAAGAAUUAUAUCUAAAUAGGAUCAUCUUGCUUGGAUUGCUGAAUGCCUUUAUUUGGGUGUAAGAUAAUUUUAGAACAUUCCGUCUUUGUUUAGAAAGUUCUCUGGAGGGUCAGUUUUUGCUGUAUAUAUAUUAUUACCCCAGAGCAGUGUAUUAAUUCUACUUAGCAGUGAAGGUAGAGCUUAUCAAUUUUAGGAAAAAUUUGACUUUUUGAUAGAUUAAGAGCAAUGUACAACAUUGCUGCAUUUACAGGAAGCGCUCAACGUUUCACUAUGUGAGGUAUUCGUCAGAUCUCUAUUUAUUAAAAUUCAUGUACGUCUUGUCUAUUGUCUUCUGAUGACAUUAUCUUUUAUCAACAUUUUCCCAGCAUUUGGUUAUUGGACAUAAAUUGCCCAUUUCAUUGUUUUGUUUUUUUUUCAUUUUAUUGGAGCACAGAGAUAGAGUAUUUUUGCUGAAUGAGGUAACAAGUCAUCAUAAUAAGUACAGUAAGUGUAGAUAUGCAGCAGCAGCUUUUGUACAUGAGCAUACAUACCGCAGAUUUUAGAGAUUUUAACCGCUGAGUGUUUAUUUACUGGAGUUAACUGAGAGUGUACCAUGGGGUAGACUACUGUCGUGGUGUCUUGCGGUGGCCCGCUGAGUAUGAGGACUCUAUUAUUUUGUGGUCUCAAUGGUUAGAUGAUUACCCUAGGUCCCGAGGGGGAAGGGUGUCUCUUGCGGACCCCAGGGUAUGGAUCUGUAGGGAUGCUACGGUUAGCUCUCAGUAGGGGAAGACAGUCAGGAUAUCGGCGUAGCUACGUGCCCUGGCUGGGUACGUAGUGAGAGCAGAUUACGUGCCCUUUAUUAUUUGGUGGCUUCAUGGGUGGCAUUCGUAGGACAGCUCGCUGGUGUAGGGCAGUGCAACUAAGGAUUGCUGCAGGGGGUGGGGGGGGAGAAGAUAAUUGGGGCUGUUCCCCUAGGCCUGAAGCCACUGUCCCUUAGCUGACUGCCUGAGGGAACUCAUGGAUGGGAUUCACCUAUGUGUUGUCUUGUCGCUUAAUUUGGGGUAGGAGUUAAUAGCAGUAAAGAUAGCCCAUACGACUGCUUGGUUCAGUAGUUUGGCUCUACUCCUUCAUUCUUUUUUUUAUGUACCGUUUAUAGAGAAGCAUUGUUUUAAUAAUCUGUUUAUUGCUGUGGUAUUGGCCACGGGCCACAGUUCAAGGAUUGUGGCCGUAGUGACAUGGUAUGAUACGUGACAUGGCGGGGGACAUGCGGUCACACACCUGCAGCCUAUUUUACGGUGACAUGGGGUGGGGGUCACUGUCUGUUUACAGAAGGGAAGGUCAGUUUGGAGGCCGGAUUCAGCUCUUACUAACUGACCUAAACAUUAAGCUCCAUUGUUUAUGGCAACAUCCUGACUGGUUUCUGGCGUCAUGCCUCCUGGCACUGGACGCUCUGUAAAUACGGUGAUGUCCUCCCAGACAACAGGUUCAGGAUCUGACAUAGAUUCUGCAUACAAAGAGUUAAAGGACAAUUAUCACCUCAACAAAAAUUUUUUUAUACAAUAAUCCUUUCAUCAAGUUUUAAAAGGAAAUAGAUUCUUUGUUAAAUAAGGUAUACAAAAAAGAAAAAAAUAUAAAUCUAAUCCUUAUCUUUAGUAUAUGAUGGGAUCAUUCAGCCGUAUACAUACACCUUGGGUCAGACAGUAAUUGAAUACAGACAGUUAGUCUCUAUGGUUAGUCUCUAUGGUCUUUCCGGCUUCACUCCGUGCACAGCGCAGUGACAUCAUCAGACCCAAUAACUGUCACAUUCAAUCACCUUCUGACCCAAUAACUGUCAUAUUCAGACACUGUCUGACCCAAUAACUGUCACAUUCAAACACUGUCUGACCCAAUAACUGUCACAUUCAGACACUGUCUGAUCCAAUAACUGUCACAUUUAGACACUGUCUGACCCAAUAACUGUCACAUUCAGACACUGUCUGACCCAAUAACUGUCACAUUCAAUCACUGUCUGACCCAAUAACUGUCACAUUCAGACACUGUCUGACCCAAUAACUGUCACAUUCAAUCACUGUCUGAUCCAAUAACUGUCACAUUUAGACAAUGUCUGACCCAAUAACUGUCACAUUCAAUUACUGUCUGACCCAAUAACUGUUAAAUUCAAUCACUGUCUGACCCAAUAACUGUCACAUUCAGACACUGUCUGACCCAAUAACUGUCACAUUCAGACACUGUCUGACCCAAUAACUGUCACAUUCAAUUACUGUCUGACCCAAUAACUGUUAAAUUCAAUCACUGUCUGACCCAAUAACUGUCACAUUCAGACACUGUCUGAUCCAAUCACUGUCUGACCCAAUAACUGUCAUAUUCAAUCACUGUCUGACCCAAUAACUGUUAAAUUCAAUCACUGUCUGACCCAAUAACUGUCACAUUCAGACACUGUCUGACCCAAUAACUGUCACAUUCAGACACUGUCUGAUCCAAUAACUGUCUGACCCAAUAACUGUCAUAUUCAAUCACUGUCUGACCCAAUAACUGUCACAUUCAUACACUGUCUCACCCAAUAACUGUCACAUUCAAUUACUGUCUGACCCAAUAACUGUUAAAUUCAAUCACUGUCUGACCCAAUAACUGUCACAUUCAAUUACUGUCUGACCCAAUAACUGUCACAUUCAAUUACUGUCUGACCCAAUAACUGUUAAAUUCAAUCACUGUCUGACCCAAUAACUGUCACAUUCAGACACUGUCUGAUCCAAUAACUGUCACAUUCAGACACUGUCUGAUCCAAUCACUGUCUGACCCAAUAACUGUCAUAUUCAAUCACUGUCUGACCCAAUAACUGUCACAUUCAUACACUGUCUGAUCCAAUAACUGUCACAUUCAGACACUGUCUGACCCAAUAACUGUCACAUUCAGACACUGUCUGACCCAAUAACUGUCACAUUCAAUUACUGUCUGACCCAAUAACUGUUAAAUUCAAUCACUGUCUGACCCAAUAACUGUCACAUUCAGACACUGUCUGAUCCAAUCACUGUCUGACCCAAUAACUGUCAUAUUCAAUCACUGUCUGACCCAAUAACUGUCACAUUCAUACACUGUCUGACCCAAUAACUGUUAAAUUCAAUCACUGUCUGACCCAAUAACUGUCACAUUCAGACACUGUCUGACCCAAUAACUGUCACAUUCAGACACUGUCUGAUCCAAUCACUGUCUGACCCAAUAACUGUCAUAUUCAAUCACUGUCUGACCCAAUAACUGUCACAUUCAUACACUGUCUGACCCAAUAACUGUCACAUUCAAUUACUGUCUGACCCAAUAACUGUUAAAUUCAAUCACUGUCUGACCCAAUAACUGUCACAUUCAAUUACUGUCUGAUCCAAUAACUGUCACAUUCAGACACUGUCUGAUCCAAUAACUGUCACAUUCAUACACUGUCUGUUUUAAGAACACGGAAGUCACUCUACUGGCUGUCUGAUAGACGGCCACUAGAGGAGGACUUAACCCUGCAAGGUAAUUAUUGUAGUUUAUAAAAACUGCAAUAAUUACACUUGCAGGAUUAAGGGUGAUGGGAGUUGGCACCCAAACUACUCCAAUGGGCAGAAAUGGUCUUGGUGCCUGGAGUGUCCCUUUAAAUUAACAAAGAAUGUAUUUCCUUUCAAAACUAGAUGAAAAUAUCAUUAUAUUAAAAGAUAGGGUUGAGGUGAUAGUUGCCAUUUAAGGUCUGGGGUAGGAGUCUGAUCUGUCACAUUCUGGGGCUGUGAAAUUGCUGGGCUGUCACACUUCAGGUGUUUUAGAGUUUGGGCUGUCAGAUUUCUAGGCUGUCACAAUCCUGGCCUGUCACAUUCCAGGGCUGUCAGCUUGCUGGGCUGUCACCUUCCUUGGAUGUGAGAUUGCUGAACAGUCACAUUCCAGGGCUGUCACAUUAUGGAGCUGUCACAUGCUGCUUUCUGUCUCUCUAUUGGGUUGUUGCUAGGAAUCCUAAAUAAACAGAGGUGUUCCCCCUGGGAAGCCAUGGAGGGAGUGGGAGGAUGGUAAGGGGGGUUACCCAUUGCCUGAAGUCAUGGAAAGAGGAAGGGAGGGAGAGAUGGGGAGGCCAUUCCCCGUACAGUGAGACAUGGAAUAAGCAAGGGGCGAGGAGGUUCCCCUGUUAUGGCACAAUCUAUGCGUGUGUGUUUCUGUCGGUCUGUGUGUUAUGAGAGGUAAUAGGCCGCAGAUUUUAAAUUUUUCAGUUUAUUAUUUAGUUUUGAUGAUUUUUUUGCAACAAUCUGUAUGUAUUAUUUAAGAAACGGUGACGCUUCCUGCCCCAUUUGGUGCAUUGCCAUGGUAUAUGUAUUGACCCUGUGGGUCGCAUCCUUUCUAAUUUUGACAUUUCUUACAGCCAGAGUGAGUUGCAUCAUUCCAUGGAUCCACAGCAGAUGGGUCUCUCCGGAGAUAUCUCAUCAUAGAUGUUUUGGUGUUGCCUUUUCUUAAAUACCCUUUCUGGUUUAUUUAAGACCAGUCCACAAUCCAUUACACGCCCUGUCAUGGCCAGUCCACAUUCUCCAUUCCACUCCCUGUCAUGGCCAGUCCACAUUCUCCAUUCCAGCCCUGUCGUGACCAGCCUACACUCUGUUCCGGGCUCUGUCGUGACUAUCCAUGUUCCGUUCCGUGUCCUGCCAUGAUCAGUCCGUGCUCUGUUCCACGCCCUGUCAUGACCAGUCCACGCUCCAUUCUGUGCCUUGACGUGACCAGUCCACGCUCUGUCCCGUACCCUGAUGUGACCAGUCUACGCUCCAUUCCAUGCCCUAUCGUGACUAUCCAUGUUCCGUUCCGUGUCCUGUCAUGAUCAGUCCACAUUCUGUUCCAGUGCUGUCAUGACCGGCCCAUGCUCUGUUCCAGCCCUGUCAUGACCGGUCCGCGCUCCGUUCCAGCCCUGUCAUGACCGGCCCGCGCUCCGUUCUAGCCCUGUCGUGACCAGCCUACACUCUGUUCCGAGCUCUGUCGUGACUAUCCAUGUUCCGUUCCGUGUCCUGCCAUGAUCAGUCCAUGCUCUGUUCCACGCCCUGUCAUGACCAGUCCACGCUCCAUUCCGUGCCCUGACGUGACCAGUCCGCGCUCUGUCCCGUGCCCUGAUGUGACCAGUCUGCGCUCCAUUCCAUGCCCUAUCGUGACUAUCCAUGUUCCGUUCCAUUCCAGCCCUGUCAUGACCGGUCCGCGCUCCGUUCCAGCCCUGUCAUGACUGGUCCGCGCUCCAUUCCAGCCCUGUCAUGACCGGUCUGCGCUCCAUUCCAUGCCCUGUCGUAACUAUCCAUGUUCCGUUCCGUGUCCUGCCAUGAUCAGUCCAUGCUCAAUUCCAGCCCUGUCAUGACCAGUCCACACUCCAUUCCAGCCCUGUCAUGACCAGCCCAUUCAUGACCAGUCCAUGCUCCGUUCUAGCCUGUCAUGACCAGUCCAUGCUCCGUUCCAGCCCUGUCAUGACCAGCCCAUGCUCUGUUCCAGCCCAUUCAUGACCAGUCCAUGCUCCGUUCUAGCCCUGUCAUGACCAGUCCACGCUCUGUUCCAGCCAUGACGUGACCAGUCCACACUCCGUUCCAGCCCUAUCAUGACCAGUCCAUGCUCCGUUCCAGCCCAUUCAUGACCAGUCCAUGCUCCGUUCUAGCCUGUCAUGACCAGUCCAUGCUCCGUUCCAGCCCUGUCAUGACCAGCCCAUGCUCUGUUCCAGCCCUAUCAUGACCAGUCCAUGCUCCGUUCCAGCCCUGUCAUGACCAGUCCACGCUCUGUUCCAGCCAUGACGUGACCAGUCCACGCUCCGUUCCAGCCCUAUCAUGACCAGUCCACGCUCCGUUCCAGCCCUGUCAUGACCAGUCCACGCUCCGUUCCAGCCCUAUCAUGACCAGUCCAUGCUUCGUUCCAGCCAUGACGUGACCUGUCCAUGCUCUGUUCCAUGCCCUAUCGUGACUAUCCGUGUUCUGUUCCAGCCCUGUCAUGACCAGUCCACGCUCUGUUCCAGCCAUGACGUGACUAGUCCACGCUCCGUUCCAGCCCUGUCAUGUUACAGUAUUAUGUUACAGUAUUAUAUCACAGUAUUAUGUUACAGUAUUAUAUUACAGUAUGUUACAGUAUUAUGCCUGUAGUUUAUCAGUGACAUUUUCUGUACAUGCAGUUUUUAUUUUCAGUGAAUGUAUUCCACCAAUAUUCCAUGUAAUAUAGUUAUUAAUAUUUUGGGUGAUAAAAUCUGGUUGGUAAACUUUUCAAUCGUAUUCAAGAUGUUUUCUCUCCCACCAUGUUUUCUGUUAGAUACACAUGGUGCUGAGUGUGCCCUCCUGGCUGUAACGUGUCUUAUCUCCAUCCCGGUUUCCUCACUUCACACACCCAGACUUACAACGAAAAUCCUCAGACUCUCCAUAUUCUCUUAGCACAACCCGUCCACCCUAGUUGCUACUAAUUUCAUAGCAUGUUCCUCCGGCUGCUUGAGAUAUUACUCAAUUACUCCCUCAUUCUCUUUACACUAACAGUAGCUGCAACGUUCCUUUAAUAUCUCUGGCCGUCACUUCCAAUCCCCCUGCUUCUUCUUGUCUCAAGUCCUCAUUAUAUCCUUUAGAUUGUAAGCUCACUUACUAUCUAACUAGGUAGAUCGUAUAAAAAGCUUAAAUGGCUGGAUCGCAGAGCCUUCCUUACCUUUUGUAUUGGUCUUGUAUGUUCUCCUCUAAUUGUACAGCGCUAUGGAAUAUGUCAGCACGUAAUAAAUAAUAUCAUAGAAUAACACAUUAUAUCAUUUAAAAUACCACAAAACAUAAGAUAAUGCAAUAUAAUAUAAAGCUCAUAGAACAUAAAAUAACAUUCGGACUGGUCUUUUUUUGCCGUUCCCCUAUUACAGUUGGGGUGAAAGUUUUAUGCCUCGCUCAGUUAAUGGGGUACAAGCUGUAUAUUUUGGGAGAAGGGCUGGGUUGCCAGCACCGUUAAGGGGGUGGCGGUUUAAGGACACGUGGGGUGGGGAAUCUUUCCCCAGAGGUACAAGUUCUGCUUUCCUCAUUAUCCUCCAGAACAAUCGCCAUAAUUACCGCCUAUUGUUUGCAGGUCCAUUAACCCUCGUCCCUGGAAUAAUUACCUAAAUGCAAACUUCCUCUCUAUUCUCACAUCAACACUUACUUAAAUAGCUCGGAGAGAUGGGGGAGUGACUGGAGGGUCUCACCGGAUUCACAGCUAGAAUCUUGCCAGAGGCCCCACAAACUCAUUAGGUUGGUACCGUGGGACUUUCCUGCGCAGUUUCUGAGUGUUAUUUACAAAUUGCCAAUUUUCAGAAAUUCUAAGUGAAUUGAAAGAGAAUUUGAAAUUUAGGGUAAAAAAUUUGAAUUGUAAACACUGUCCACCCGCUAUACUUCUAGUUUGUUAUUCUGGUUUAAGGUUUGAAAUUAAUUUUAUAUUCCCGCUAAUUCUCCCUUUAGUGAAUAACUGAAUCGUUAUAAAAGUAAAUCAAUGUUGGAACUUCUCACACAUGCUUUUUAUAAAUACCCAUUGCUCUCUCUUUAGUUUUAUUCAUUGCAGUCUCUUUAACUUCCUGCUUUACUGUCUCUUUAAUUUCCUACAUCGCUGUCACUUUAACUUAAUCCAUCACUGUCUAUUUAAUCCCAUUAUAUGCUGUCUCUUUAACUGUCAGAAUCACUGUCAUCUCUUUAACGUCCUACAUUGCUGUCUCUUUAACUUUAUCUGUCUCUUUAACUUAAUUAAUUGCUGUCUCUUUAACUUCACAAGUUUAACUGUCUGAAUCACUCUCUUUACCAUCACCCAUAGCUGUCUCUUUAACAUCACCCACUGCUGUCUCUUUACCAUCACCCAUAGCUGUCUCUUUACCAUCACCCAUUGCUGUCUCUUUAACAUCACCCAUAGCUGUCUCUUUAACAUCACCCACUGCUGUCUCUUUAACAUCACCCACUGCUGUCUCUUUACCAUCACCCACUGCUGUCUCUUUACCAUCACCCACUGCUGUCUCUUUACCAUCACCCAUAGCUGUCUCUUUAACAUCACCCAUAGCUGUCUCUUUAACAUCACCCACAGCAUGGCUCCUGCUCCCCCCAUACACCCUAAGCCCUGGGCUGUGUACAGAUACUCUGACUCACUCUGGAAUGUGGCACAGACUGAGAGGGACUGGUACGGCCUGGAAUCUGUCUAAUUAGUGUUAGAUACACAUGGUGCUGAGUGUGCACUCCACAUACUCCCACUCACACCUCAUACAUCAAACAACAUGCAGGUAAUUCUGGAACAUUUUAUUUCACUUGAAUUCACAUUAUUAUUAUUAUUGCAAAGAAUAACUGACAUAAAGUUCAGUAGUGGUUGUAAAACCUCACACUCUGUGAUCUAUACAAACCCCACAUCUAAACAUGGCCCUAUUGGUGUGUGUAGCCUCUAUUCCCUGCAGUGCGGAUCCCACUACGUGGACCCAAACAGGACCUCCGGUCUGGGGUCACUUCUAAAUCAUGUUUAAAAUGCUGUCUGUCUGUCUUAUAUAAGAGGACUCGAUAAGGUUCACCCACUGGCACAGAAGGGAUUAAAUAUGUGUGCUCCUACUGCAUCUUCCCCAUCCAGCCCCCCCCCACGCUAUCCACCCCCCUUUCCAAGGUUUCAGUGGCCCUCCAACUCGGCCUGUUUCAAAUCUCCAAAAAAGGCAGCGGGUUGGGUGAAUUUUCUGGAAAGUGUGAGUCCUGGAGAGGUGGGGAACAGAGGGAGGGAGCGGACGGGAGCUGGGAUUGCCAAGGAAAGAAAUCAUAUGGGAAGAAUGAGAUCAUAGCUUGGGUAACAAUACAAUAUCCCCUUAUCUCGCUCUGCCAUGCUGGGGCAAGUCCAUUCAGUGCCAUCCGUUACCUGCAAACUUUCUACGUCUCCAGUCAAAAGAGAAAAAAAUAAUACAUUAGAUAUAUUAAUAAAAUCUGUUUCUGAGUAAAACAAACUCUCUUAGUUUUUCUUCUUCUUCCCUCGUCCACUCGCACAUUUCACUGGGCCACUAUUAAUGGCGCUUUAUUGCACAUACAGAGUUUAACCCCUUUGCUGCUGGAGCUGUAACCCCACCUCCAUAUCAUUUCUUUGCAAUGUCAGUCAUGUGAGUCAAUCCGAAAGCACACCUCCGGAGGGAGAAAGGUAACUAUAGUGGUUAUGGUGACUGUACUGGUCAGAAUUUUUGGAGCAACCCAUUAACUUUUGUAAUAGAAUUUCUUAUUUUAUGUAAUAUCUCCACAUUAAAUACGCAAAGUUCUGCAGAAUACGAUGGCGAUACAUAAAUGUCAAUAGUAAUAAUGAUAUUUGUCCCAGUAAACGUUAUGUUUCCGUGAUUACUAGUUAUAUUGACCAGAAAGAUUUGUCACGGCUGCCAAUGAUAGGUAUGUUUUCUAUGUUUGGCGUCCGCUAAAUGUCCUGAUUUGUCAUAGGUGACUGGACUGCUGAGUUAUAUAGUGAUUUAUGUUUAUGACGCGAUGUGUGCGUGGUGUAUUAAUGAUCAGUCUCUCAUUGCAGGCUAUGACUUUCCUGCUGUCCUCCAGUGGUUUGCGGAGCGAGUCGACCGCAUCAUCCUUCUCUUUGAUGCCCACAAGCUGGAGAUAUCGGACGAGUUCUCUGAAGCCAUCCGAGCUCUGAAUGGCAACGAGGACAAGAUCCGAGUGGUCCUAAACAAAGCCGAUAUGGUGGAGACCCAGCAGCUAAUGCGGGUCUAUGGAGCACUUAUGUGGUCUUUGGGCAAAGUGUUCAAUACUCCGGAGGUCCUGAGGGUCUUCAUAGGAUCGUUCUGGUCGGAACCACUGAUGAUUUCUGAUCACCGCCAUCUCUUCGAGUUGGAAGAGCAGGAUCUGUUCCAAGACAUCCAGAACCUUCCCAGGAAUGCAGCCCUGCGUAAACUCAAUGACCUGGUCAAAAGGGCUCGACUUGUUAGAGUAAGAAAUUUCCUUUAACUUCACAACACUGGCAUUAAUGACAAUGACAUAUAUUGUUGGUCCCUCCCAGGUGAUAUGUUUAAGGGUCAGUCCCUCCCAGGAUCACAGUGUACUAAUGACAGUGACAUGUUUAAGGGUCGGUCCCUCCCAGUGUCACAGUGUACUAAUGACAUUGACAUGUUUACAGGUCAGUCCCUCCCAGUGUCACAGUGUACUAAUGCCAGUGACAUGUUUAAUGGUCAGUCCUUCCCAGGGUCACAGUGUACUAAUGACAGUGACAUGUUUAAUGGUCAGUCCUUCCCAGGAUCACAGUGUACUAAUAACAGUGACAUGUUUAAUGGUCGGUCCCUCCCAGGGUCACAGCGUACUAAUGACAGUGACAUGUUUACAGGUCAGUCCCUCCCAGUGUCACAGUGUACUAAUGCCAGUGACAUGUUUAAGGGUCGGUCCCUCCCAGGGUCACAGUGUACUAAUGACAGUGACAUGUUUAAUGGUCAGUCCCUCCCAGUGUCACAGCGUACUAAUGACAGUGCCAUGUUUAAUGGUCAGUCCCUCCCAGGGUCACAGCGUACUAAUGACAGUGACAUGUUUAAUGGUCAGUCCUUCCCAGGGUCACAGUGUACUAAUAACAGUGACAUGUUUAAUGGUCGGUCCCUCCCAGGGUCACAGCGUACUAAUGACAGUGACAUGUUUAAUGGUCAGUCCCUCCUAGGGUCACAGUGUACUAAUGACAGUGACAUGUUUAAUGGUCAGUCCCUCCCAGGGUCACAGUGUACUAAUGACAGUGACAUGUUUAAUGGUCAGUCCCUCCCAGGGUCACAGUGUACUAAUGACAGUGACAUGUUUAAUGGUCAGUCCCUCCCAGGGUCACAGUGUACUAAUGACAGUGACAUGUUUAAUGGUCGGUCCCUCCCAGGGUCACAGUGUACUAAUGACAGUGACAUGUUUAAUGGUCAGUCCCUCCCAGGGUCACAGUGUACUAAUGACAGUGACAUGUUUAAUGGUCAGUCCCUCCCAGGGUCACAGUGUACUAAUGACAGUGACAUGUUUAAUGGUCAGUCCCUCCCAGGGUCACAGUGUACUAAUGACAGUGACAUGUUUAAGGGUCAGUCCUCCCAGGGUCACAGUGUACUAAUGACAGUGACAUGUUUAAUGGUCAGUCCCUCCCAGGGUCACAGUGUACUAAUGACAGUGACAUGUUUAAUGGUCGGUCCCUCCCAGGGUCACAGUGUACUAAUGACAGUGACAUGUUUAAUGGUCAGUCCCUCCCAGGGUCACAGUGUACUAAUGACAGUGACAUGUUUAAAGGUCGGUCCCUCCCAGGGUCACAGUGUACUAAUGACAGUGACAUGUUUAAUGGUCAGUCCCUCCCAGGGUCACAGUGUACUAAUGACAGUGACAUGUUUAAAGGUCGGUCCCUCCCAGGGUCACAGUGUACUAAUGUCGGUGACAUGUUUAAACCUCAUGCCUUCCCAUUACAUUAAUAUCUGAGCAAAUAACUCGUUUUAUACUGAUAAUAGUAAUAGUUGACUUAAUGCAGAUUUCCUGCACAGAUCGUGGCCCAUCCUUACACCCCAAUACCAAGGUUUAGGGUACAGCUGCUCUCAAUGCUCCGUAGGGAGGGGCGCACCGUGAAGGGAUUUGCAGAUGAAACAUUUGCUUUUUGUACAUAAUUUUGGCAGCAGAGCUGGGAAAAUCAUCUGCAACAAAAGCCAACACAUUCCACACCAUUUACUCAGCCGAGGACGAGGGGAGGGAGUGUGAGCAGAGAGACAGGAGAGAGGAGUGAGAGAGAGAAUGGUGAGGGAGAGAGUGAGUGAAGGGUGAGGGAGAGAGUGAGUGAAGGGUCAGGGAGAGUGGAAUGUGUGAAGAGUGUAGGAGAGCUAUGUGUGAAGAGUGUAGGAGAGGUAUUUGGGGGUGCAUGCAAUACACAGAUCAGGUAUUUGGCGGAUACAUGCAUUACAGAGAUCGGUAUUUGGGGUGCAUGCGUUACACAGAUCGGUAUUUGGGGGUGCAUGCGUUACACAGAUCAGGUAUUUGGGGGUGCAUGCAUUACACAGAUCAGGUAUUUGGGGAUGCAUGCAAUACACAGAUCAGGUAUUUGGCGGAUACAUGCAUUACAGAGAUCGGUAUUUGGGGGUGCAUGCAUUACAGAGAUCAGGUAUUUGGGGGUGCAUGCGUUACACAGAUCGGUAUUUGGGGGUGCAUGCGUUACACAGAUCGGUAUUUGGGGUGCAUGCGUUAUACAGAUCGGUAUUUGGGGGUGCAUGCGUUAUACAGAUCGGUAUUUGGGGGUGCAUGCAUUACACAGAUCGGUAUUUGGGGGUGCAUGGAUUACACAGAUCGGUAUUUGGGGGUGCAUGCAUUACACAGAUCGGUAUUUGGGGUGCAUGCAUUACACAGAUCGGUAUUUUGGGGUGCAUGCAUUACACAGAUCGGUAUUUGGGGUGCAUGCAUUACACAGAUCGGUAUUUUGGGGUGCAUGGAUUACACAGAUCGGUAUUUGGGGUGCAUGCAUUACACAGAUCGGUAUUUGGGGGUGCAUGCGUUACACAGGUCAGGUAUUUGGAGGUGCAUGCAUUACACAGAUCAGGUAUUUGGGGGUGCAUGCAUUACACAGAUCGGUAUUUGGGGGUGCAUGCGUUACACAGAUCGGUAUUUGGGGGUGCAUGCAUUACACAGAUCGGUAUUUGGGGUGCAUGCAUUACAAAGAUCGGUAUUUGGGGGUGCAUGCAUUACACAGAUCGGUAUUUGGGGGUGCAUGCGUUACACAGAUCGGUAUUUGGCGUGCAUGCAUUACACAGAUCGGUAUUUGGGGUGCAUGCGUUACACAGAUCGGUAUUUGGGGUGCAUGCGUUACACAGAUCGGUAUUUGGGGGUGCAUGCAUUACACAGAUCGGUAUUUGGGGUGCAUGCGUUACACAGAUCGGUAUUUGGGGGUGCAUGCGUUACACAGAUCGGUAUUUUGGGGUGCAUGCGUUACACAGAUCGGUAUUUGGGGUGCAUGCAUUACACAGAUCGGUAUUUGGGGGUGCAUGCAUUACACAGAUCGGUAUUUGGGGUGCAUGCAUUACACAGAUCGGUAUUUGGGGUGCAUGCAUUACACAGAUCGGUAUUUGGGGGUGCAUGCAUUACUCAGAUCGGUAUUUGGGGUGCAUGCAUUACACAGAUCGGUAUUUGGGGGUGCAUGCGUUACACAGAUCGGUAUUUGGGGGUGCAUGUAUAAAUACAGAGAAUGUGCCCGGUAUUGGCAGUCGAGGUGUCAGACAGCAUUGUUUUGUUUAUUUGGGUCAGUGAUGCUUUUAUUGUUUUUUGCUGGAGAGCAGAAGGAAAGAUCUUAUCGCUUCCUGCCACCCUCUCCUGUCGCCAGCGUCUGCUUUGUGCUUUAAUGAGGAGAGAUUUUCUAAUUCGGAGGGGGGUGGGGGGCAUGUCCCCAAACUCAGCCACCAUCUGUGAUAUCACUUAAAGAGGACAGGCUUGAUCUGUCUAUCUAGAUAUCCGUCUGUCUGUCUGUCUAUCUAUCUAGAUAUCCUUCUGUCUGUCUAUCUGUCUAAUCUAGCUAUAUUCUAUCUGUCUGUCUAUCUAGAUAUCCGUCUGUCUGUCUAUCUGUCUGUCUGUCUAGCUAUAUUCUAUCUGUCUGUCUAUCUAGAUAUCCGUCUGUCUAUCUAGAUAUCCUUCUGUCUGUCUAUCUGUCUAAUCUAGCUAUAUUCUAUCUGUCUGUCUAUCUAGAUAUCCGUCUGUCUAUCUGUCUGUCUGUCUAGCUAUAUUCUAUCUGUCUGUCUAUCUAGAUAUCCGUCUGUCUGUCUGUCUGUCUGUCUGUCUAGCUAUAUUCUAUCUGUCUGUCUAUCUAGAUAUCCUUCUGUCUGUCUAUCUGUCUAAUCUAGCUAUAUUCUGUCUGUCUAUCUAGAUAUCCGUCUGUCUGUCUAUCUGUCUGUCUGUCUAGCUAUAUUCUAUCUGUCUGUCUAUCUAGAUAUACAAACAUAAAUUUACAGGAAGAGUUCUACUGAAAAAUGGGUAGUAAGUGUGUGGUUUAUAAGGUACAGGGUGCUCUUAAUGGAAGGAAAUCUGUCCCCAUACCAGAUAUCUACAUGUAAUAAAAAUAAGAAAUGAUCCCAAGGCACACCACCGUUUUGCACAUAAAAAGAGUAUUUAUUCCUGCAUAGAAAAUACAACGGAAUAUCUUUAUAACAGAGAGAAAGUGCAUAGUAUAGUGCUAAACCAGUAUAUAGUACCAAAACCACAAUAUAAGUAAAGUGCUAAAUGCAAAAACCCAUUAAAAAGGUAUACUGACCAAGAGCAGGAGAAAUGAAACCCCAACGUUUCGGCUGUGAAGCCUUCACCUGAGGUUCCAUUGUGGGAUAUUGUUGUUACUAAAUCCGUCCAAUCACUGGGUUAUUUACUAUGGUCAGGAUUCAGUGAGUGAAAGGCCAAAGUAACCAAACUGGUAGCUCUCCAUCUGGUUCUGCUACCUUAGCCUAAAUUUGAAAUUCACUCUGAAUUCUCUCUUUGGUGAAUAUCCUUAUCGGUGUCUCCUUUAUUUGUUAUAUUUGCUCUCUGCGACAUGUUCCAUGUGUGAGCUGAUCAUUCAAUCAGUUUAAUAAAUCCAAUCACGCCCUGUACCCAGGGAUUCCCUUUCCUCAUGUCAUAGCUGGGAUAGAUGCCAAUUACCCACCUUCUCACAGUUUGCUGCCCCCAGAGAGCACUCAGCCUGCUCCCUCCAGAGAGCACUCAGCCUGCUCCCGGCUGGUUACUGUUCACCGCGUAAGUCUUUCAGUCUGUUUUCCAAUUCAUGUUAAGAUGUACCUGUGUAAGGUGGGAGGGUGAUGGGACAUGGUGCAUUCUGGGAAUAUGUUAGAGCUGGCCGCACAGGACAUUAAAAAGAGAUUUAGAGACUGAUCACAGAUGCCCCCUCCUUAAUGAGAGGGCACAGUUACAAGUGCACCCCAAGACGGCAUGGUUUGUACGCCUCCCAGUUGGGCUGUGAAGGGUUUAUCCUGCAGUAAGUGAUUUGCUCUGGGUGUCAAGAGCCAGUCAGUCCCAGAGGAAGCCAGGGGGUGUCAUUUAAGCAUCCUGUUCCCACUGAAGUGUUAGAUGUCUCCCGCUCCCCCAUUAAGUCCUUCCUGGUAUUCUGUGCAUCAGUGUCAUGGUGCAGCCAUCCUUGCCAAUUCUAGCACGAGACGUGUCCUGGACAGGAAGAGACUGGGACACCGGCAGAUGUGAUGUACGGCCACCAAUCUGUAUAAGUCGGCCGGUGACAACAGAGAGACUUAUCAAACUGUCAUGUUUGGAGAAAUGGGAAAAUGAUGUAAAGGUGGAGCAAUCGCCAUGGAAACCAUUGAGUGCAGGGACAUUCGAUAGGGAUUAAUUCACUUUUUAGAGGGCAACACUUUGAUAAAUCUCCCGCAGUGUGUAUUCUGCAACGCUUGACUUGUAUCACCCACAAAUCAAACAGAUCUGAUUUAAAGGAAUACUAUAGGAAUCUAAACAUGUAUUCCUAUCGCCAUAGUGUCCUACUACCCAUCUAGGUGUCCGACCUCCAUCUUACCCGCAUUGUUGGGAGAGUCAAUCAAUGCACAGUCAGUUUGGGGUGGAUUCAUUAAACGAUAAAUUGGGGAGAAAUCACAAGCAGAGUUUUGAUACAUUUUAGAUGAAAUUGGCAGAGCUGGAAGCCUUACCCAAAUCCGCUAUUUUUCCAGCUUUGAUUAGAAUGUUGUCGCUGUUUCCAUGACUAAGCCCAGGCUUUACGGGGGGUCAAGGGUGAUGUUUGUGAUUGGUGGUGACUCUGUGUCUCUGUCCCCCCCAGGUCCACGCUCACAUUAUAAGCUAUCUGAAGAAAGAGAUGCCUGUUUUUCGUAAAGACAAUAAGAAGAAGCAGCUAAUUAAUAUGCUUCCCGUCAUUUUUGCCAAAAUCCAGCUCGAGCACCACAUCUCCCCCGGAGACUUCCCUGACUGCGAUAAAAUGCAGGUAAGUCCUCCUUGGCCAUCAUGUACAAUGUAUAGAUACGAUCUAUUCAGCCAGCAUUCUAUAAAGAUACAUUAUACAGUGAUCUACCCAGCCGGCAUUCUAUAUAGAUACAUUAUACAGCGAUCUACCCGGCCAUCAUUCUAUAUAGAUACAUUAUACAGCGAUCUACCCGGCCAUCAUUCUAUAUAGAUACAUUAUACAGCGAUCUACCCAGCCGGCAUUCUAUAUAGAUACAUUAUACAGUGAUCUAUCCAGCCAGCAUUCUAUAUAGAUACAUUAUACAGCGAUCUACCCAACCGGCAUUCUAUAUAGAUACAUUAUACAGCGAUCUAUCCAGCCGGCAUUCUAUAUAGAUACAUUAUACAGCGAUCUACCCAACCGGCAUUCUAUAUAGAUACAUUAUACAGCGAUCUAUCCAGCCGGCAUUCUAUAUAGAUACAUUAUACAGCGAUCUACCCAACCGGCAUUCUAUAUAGAUACAUUAUACAGCGAUCUAUCCAGCCGGCAUUCUAUAUAGAUACAUUAUACAGCGAUCUACCCAACCGGCAUUCUAUAUAGAUACAUUAUACAGCGAUCUAUCCAGCCGGCAUUCUAUAUAGAUACAUUAUACAGCGAUCUACCCAACCGGCAUUCUAUAUAGAUACAUUAUACAGUAAUCUACCUAGUCGGCAUUCUAUAUAGAUACAUUAUACAGUGAUCUAUCCAGCCGGCAUUCUAUAUAGCUACAUUAUACUUUCCAGUGUGUCCUCCAUUUGUUUUACUUCUGAUUCACUGCUAUCCUGUAUCUCCUGUCCUCCAACAGAAGCAACUGAUGAUUCAUGAUUUCAAGAAGUUCCAUUCUCUGAAACCUCCGAUGAUUGAAGCUCUGGACGAGAUGUUGACCGUUGACAUUGCUAAGCUAAUGCCUCUCCUGCGCCAGGAAGACAUUGAUACAGCAGAUAAUGUGGUCCAAGGUGGAGCCUUUGAUGGUACUCACAACGGUCCUUUUAUUGAGGGGAUUGCUGAUGGUCUCCUUGAUGGUGUUGAUGAUGAUGACUGGGUAGUUACGAAAGACAAACCAAAAUAUGAUGAGAUAUUCUUCAACCUAGCCCCCACCGAUGGCAAACUGAAUGGCACAAAAGCCAAAAACUGGAUGGUAACAACUAAACUGCCCAACUCAGUGCUCGGGAAAAUCUGGAAACUCUCUGAUGUUGACCGUGAUGGCAUGCUUGAUGAUGAAGAGUUUGCCUUAGCUAGCCAUUUGAUUGAGGUGAAACUGGAUGGUCAUGGGCUGCCCUCUGAGCUUCCAAGACACCUGGUCCCACCAUCCAAGAGAAGACAGAAAGGCUCUGCUGAAUGAGACCACACACCAACCCUUCUACAAGCAACUGUGCCACGGUUGAUCAGGUUAACUCCAACUUCUUGUGCCCUGACAUAUUUGAUAUUCCUCACUGAUAUAUGUCUAGUUUUCAGGGACACUUGUCAUCAAAUGUUACUAACAAAAUUAAAUAGCUUUAAAUGUAUAUCUGCAUCAAUAUUACGCAACCCAUGGGAUCCUGUCAAAUUUCCAAGGUGCCAAAUGUGGGAGAGUGGAAGGUAUUUAUCAUUAAUGAGCAUGGCACAUCAUUUCCAUCUGAACAAGGGACUCUGGCCUCCAAUGAUUGACCACAGGUCUUUAUAUCAAUAACAGGGUCAUGAAGAACAUCAAGUCACAAGCCCAGUCUCAGCAUCAACGUAUUAUGUGGACCUGUGACCUGAAUUCCUGUACUGUGAAAUCUUUACAGAGACCAUCACCAACAUCGGGAUGUCACAUAAGUCAUAGUUUCAGGGUUUUUUGUGAAGUAUGUGUAUCUGAAGCAAUUUUUUCACAAAUAUAAAUAUUUCAUGUAAGUAAUAUGAAGCAAACUGGUCUGUCCUCCACCUGCUUAAUUGCCCUUAUCCAUGCCAUCUAUGUGCCUUCUCCAUGCCAUCUAUGUGCCUUAUCCAGGCUAUGUGCCUAUCCAUGCCAUCUAUGUGCCUUCUCCAUGCCAUCUAUGUGCCUUAUCCAUACCAUCUAUGUGCCUUCUCCAUGCCAUCUAUGUGCCUAUCCAUGCCAUCUAUGUGCCUUAUCCAGGCUAUGUGCCUAUCCAUGCCAUCUAUGUGCCUUAUUCAGGCUAUGUGCCUAUUCAUGCCAUCUAUGUGCCUUCUUGUAUGAUGAAUGUGCCAUAUCUAUAGGAUCCCAUAUCUUUGUGCCAUAUCCAUGGAGUCUUUGUGCCAUGUCCAUGGAGUCUUUGUGCCAUAUCCAUGCCACCUAUGUGCAUGGUGACAUUGUAAAGUCCAUACCCCUGUGCUGUAAAAUGAAUACAUGUUUCCCCAUCUUGUGCUCUAUAGCUAUAUAAUCACCAGUACCAAUAUUAUGGUUUUAGGCAAGAAAAGUAUUAUUUUCUUUUAUCUUUUUUAAAUGGGAAUCUGUAAUAAUGUUCCCAACUAUCUGGUGAAUCGUUUUUUUUGUGGAGGCUGAGAGAUUCCUGGGUGAGGACACGAUCCAUCAGACGGCCAGGAAUAGUCUUCGCUCGUGACAUAUGACUACUAUGAAAAUCUGGUGCUUAAACACAUACUAUUUAAUUUAAUGCACAUUAUACUUAGUUAACCUCGUUUGUUGUUUAGGUGAUCUGGUCGCAUCCCAUUCAGGUUUAUUAGUUGCAUUUUGCUUUCUUGAUCAUUUUGGAUUUAAAGCCAGAGACCCCAUCCCAUCUGUGGGGAACCAGCUGUUACCAAAAUUACCUAAAACACUUGAGUGGUGCCUGCCCCUCCUGUGGCCAUACAUACCUGCCUCUGUACCUACAACAUCACACAGCUUCGUGCACAAGCUAUGGACACAGAUUGCAGCCACAGUUUUUUGGUUUAAUUUUGUAAAAGGCAUUUUCUUUUAUCUCUUGACAGGAGAAUUAAACAUUAUUUGUGGAAUUUAACAUCCUUCUCUAUGUAGAUUAUGUUCUGGGCCAUGAUUUCCAUGGUACCACAUUGGCACCCGAAUAGCCCCCUGGAUAUGUACUGGGGCCCCAGGCCGGAAUAAUAAUGUAUUUCAGUGUAAGUUUGCAGGAAAGAGGGAGCGUUAGUUUCAUGCUAUGAGCUACCAUUGUAUACUGUUUAUCUGUUCAGAUACCUGGCUGCGAGAUAGCCUCCAAAAUGUAUUUUCUUCAUCCAAAAUCAAUAUGCAUUUCACCAGCUUCCGAAAAAUAAAUUCCCUCUUCGCCGAUUGAGCUGGUAGUUGGGUCGCAUGGCAGACUGUCCUUUUUUCUGCCCAUCUGUUCUGACACAAUAUAGAUUGGGGAAGAGUUGAGCUUGACACGCACUGUGCACUCUUCCACCCCAGCCUACAGGAAUUCUCAGAUAUUUAUCUUCUCCGACCAGUCUUGCAGCUCAGGUUUAAUCAGCUGUCCCCAGUGGAACAGAACUAUGUAAUCCACUGGCGACCCUGGUGGGUCAUGAAGACUGAUUUCAAAGAGUGUGGCCUUUUGGGGCCCUUUAAAAAACUUCUGGACAUGCUGCGUCCCUAAUGUGUAAAUCGAUUGCCAGCACAUGGACUGACCAUUUAUGGACGAUAUUUGCCCAGAAUCUGUCCCAGCAUGCUCCAGACGUGAUUAUAAUAUGUUUUGUUGGCCCCUUUAAUGCCUGGAGGUAUAUACACGUGUGGUUGUUAUUAUAAGCCACUGAUAGAGAUUUAGUGAAAGCUUGUGUAUGUGUAGGGAGUGCAAGGUAACAAAUCUAAAGAGUGACUGUAAGAUGAAUGACUGUUACUGAUAGCAGAAAAGAGAGCAAUAAAUGGUUAUUCCAGACAACUUGAAAGGAGGAAGGAAACCGUCAUAACAGCUCUGGGAACAGAAAUCAGGACAUUAUCUUAUCUCACAUGCUGAUCUCAGGAAGGGAGAGGUGACAAGGUCCCAGGGAGAGCUUUCUGAUCACUUUCAGACACUACAGACUAUUUGCAGAUAAUGUUAGAGUCAAUGUUCAGGGAUUAAACAGUAGUGGAGGCAUUAACCCUGGGCACAGAGAACCUUUUUGGGAUUGAGAACCUCUAGAAAUGGAGAACCUAUAGGGCACGAAGAACUUGUAGGGCAUAGAGAAACCUUUGGGAUGGAGAACCUCUAGGGCAUGGAUAACUUCUAUAAUUGUAGCACCUGUACUGAUGGAAAACCUCUAGGGCAGGGGUAGGCAACCUUUGGCACUCCAGAUGAUGUGGACUACGUCCCCCAUAAUGCUCUUACACCCAUAAUGCUGGCAAAGCAUCAUGGGAGGUGUAGGCCAAAACAUCAGCAGUGCCAAAGGUUGCCUAUGCCUGCUCUAGGGCAUGGGGAACUUCUAGGGAUGGAGAAUCUCUAGGGCAUUGGGGACCUUCUAGAAAUGGAGAUCCUCUAGGGCAUGGGGAACUUCUAGUGAUGGAGAACCUUUAGGACAUGGGGAACUUUUAGUGAUGGAGAAUCUCUAGGGCAUGGGGAACUUCUAGGGAUGGAGAAUCUCUAGGACAUUGGGGACCUUCUAGAAAUGGAGAUCCUCUAGGGCAUGGGGAACUUCUAGUGAUGGAGAACCUUUAGGACAUGGGGAACUUUUAGUGAUGGAGAAUCUCUAGGGCAUGGGGAACUUCUAGUGAUGGAGAACCUCUAGGGCAUGAGGAAAUUCUAGUGAUGGAGAACCUAUAGGGCAUGGGGAACUUCUAGUGAUGGAGAACCUCUAGGGCAUGGGGAACUUCUAGUGAUGGAGAACCUUAAGGGCAUAGGGAACUUCUAGUGAUGGAGACCCUUAGGGCAUGGGGAACUUCUAGUGAUGGAGAACCUCUAGGGAUGGAGAACCUCUAGGGAUGCGCUCAAUACAACUCAAAGGGGUUUAUUGGCUAAGCAGUGAUGGACAAAUGGAAAGUUUGUCAAAAUAGCUAAGAUUGUAAAAAAACAAACACAGAACACAGCCAAGUGUAAUACUGACCUUAGCUACUGGGUGAUUGUAGAAACGUCUUGGGCUACUGGAUGGUGGAACAAGUAACCAACCGAGGGACAGUCUUUCUGGAUACUACCAGAUUAUUUAACCAUACAUGGAAUGGUCACCUGGUAAAAAAUGAUAAAAUUAUCAGAAUAUGAAACAGGAUGUGAGUUUAUAACGAGGCAAUUCAUUGAUUCAACAUUGCUGUUAUAGCGUGCUCCCUAAUAAAGCGACAGGCCAGGUCAAAUAUAUUACUAUACUACUAUAACUACUACACUGCUAGGAUUAUAGUACGGGGGAUUGUCUCUUAGUAAGGAAAACGAGAGCCGGAUCUGUGUCCAAUUUUACUUUAACAUGUACAAUCCCUUCUUCAUUCCCAGUUUUGGAGUAUAAUCCCUACUACUGGGAAUCAGGCCGAUGACAAACUAUAUUAGAAAUAAAUUUUAAUUUUAAACUUUCAUGGCUUUUUCAAUCAUAUCUUUGGCAGUAAAGCUUUAUUUUAUACAAGGACUAAUAGUGGAAAUGUACAUUUAAGUCCAGGACAUCUGGAUUGAAAACAUUGAGGUAGUUCUGCAUUUAAAUGACAUGUCUGUGGCUGCUGUUAACCCUCUCUGUCCCUUGCCGCACCCUGUAUAAGCUGAUAGUUUGAGGAAUAAGCAGUGGCUGUGUGUCCUGUCUGCAGCUAUUGCAUCGCUCUCUGCACAGAGUUUAUUUAAAGACACAGCGUGAAUGCCUGUAUCUGUCACGUCUGUCUGUGUUAUUACUGGACUGUAUCCAAAGCGGCCAACGCCUCCAAUGUGUGUACUUACCUCACUGUCCUUCAAUAAAUGGCAUUUACCCACCUCUGGGUCUCCUCUGUGUCAUGUUAUUAGGGCGACCGCGCUGUUGGAAGCCAUAGCAAACGUGUGUUCUCUGAAUAUAAACAGAAAAAAUAACAUUUCUAAAUAAAACUCACCUGCGGAUUCUCUGACCUGCAAACCCUUUCAUUAACACCUAGGCUGCUGAAAAGCAACAGCACCAUAUUGUACUGAAA